GAGUGAAUGGUGGCUACUAGAGUAAUGUCAGUAGCAUAGCGGUGUAUGUGUGUCGAGUCAGGUUCGUCCAAAAAUGCCGAGUCAAGAGGUCGUAACAACGAAGGUUGUGGUCCACCCGCUGGUGCUGUUGAGCGUGGUGGACCAUUUUAAUCGGAUGGGGAAAAUCGGAAAUCAAAAGAGAGUGGUCGGUGUUCUCCUGGGCUGCUGGAGGGCCAAGGGAAUCCUCGACGUGUCUAACAGCUUUGCAGUACCCUUCGAUGAGGAUGACAAAGACAAAAGUGUGUGGUUUCUUGACCAUGAUUAUCUUGAAAAUAUGUAUGGAAUGUUCAAAAAAGUUAACGCUCGUGAGAAAGUAGUUGGUUGGUACCAUACUGGGCCUAAGUUACACCAAAAUGAUGUUGCUAUCAACGAGCUAAUAAGAAGAUACUGUCCUAAUUCAGUUUUGGUGAUUAUCGAUGCCAAACCGAAAGAUCUUGGACUUCCUACCGAGGCAUAUCAAGCAGUUGAAGAAGUACACGAUGAUGGUUCUCCUACUUCCAAAACUUUCGAGCAUAUUCCAAGUGAAAUCGGAGCUGAAGAAGCGGAAGAGGUUGGAGUAGAGCAUUUAUUACGGGAUAUCAAAGAUACUACAGUUGGUACCCUCAGUCAAAGAAUCACGAAUCAAUUACUUGGCUUGAAAGGUCUUCAUGAACAAAUCCGGGAAAUUAGAGAUUAUUUGCUUCAGGUUGGUAAUGGAAAAUUACCUAUAAAUCAUCAAAUUGUUUAUCAGCUUCAGGAUAUCUUUAAUUUAUUACCGGACAUGACUCAAAGUAGCUUUGUCGAUUCGUUAUAUGUAAAGACGAACGAUCAGAUGCUCGUUGUAUAUCUAGCGGCAUUGGUUAGGUCCAUAGUGGCGUUGCACAAUUUAAUUAACAAUAAACUGACCAAUCGUGACGCUGAGAAGAAAGAGACGGAUGGGAAGAAGGAUACGAAAAAGGAAGAAAAGAAGGAAGAGGAAAAAAAGAGUGAGGAAAAGGCGAAAACUAAAAGUCAGUGAUCAGAGCAUUUCUAAACUUGCUCAGUUACGAGAUUGAGACUGUUAAAGUUGAGGACAAUUAAUGACUCUGUGUAAUAGUCCACACAAACCUGUUCACUAUUUGUACAGAAUUAUAUUCCACUUAUAAAUAUUGACAUAAAAACAGUUUAAAUAUGUAUCAGAAACAAGCAAAUUGAUUUCCGAACUGGUUAGGCGUAAUACUGUGAGUUUUUAAUAUAUUAAGCGCAAGAGAGAACAUAAAUGAUAACUCAACAUUUCUGCGUGUAUUUUGAGUCUAAUAAAUUAUGUAAUAAAUAUAUCAAGAAAUUUAUAGAAUAA